AUGUCUAUCUACGAAUCCACAGUCCCUACAACUUCUGCGUUCAACACCGCAAACUACAGUCCACAGCUCGUCAAAGGCGUGGACUCGGUGCUGGUGAUCGGAUCGGGUGGUCUUUCCAUCGGACAAGCCGGUGAAUUCGACUAUUCCGGAUCGCAGGCCAUCAAGGCCCUCAAAGAAGCCAACAAACGCACAAUCCUGAUUAACCCAAACAUCGCCACCAACCAGACCUCGCACUCGCUGGCGGACGAAAUCUACUAUCUGCCGGUCACACCUGAGUACAUCACCUACAUCAUCGAGCGUGAAAGACCAGAUGCCAUCUUGCUGACUUUCGGUGGCCAGACCGGUCUCAACUGCGGUGUAGCUCUCGACAAGAUGGGCAUUCUCGAAAAAUACAACAUCAAGGUGCUAGGUACACCCAUCAAGACUCUGGAAACCUCCGAGGACAGAGACCUUUUCGCACAAGCGUUGAAGGAAAUCAACAUCCCCACCGCCGAGUCGUUUGCGUGCGAAACCAUCGACGACGCGCUAAUCGCCGCCGAAAGGGUCAACUACCCGGUCAUUGUCAGAUCAGCCUACGCCCUAGGAGGUUUGGGAUCUGGUUUCGCCAACAAUGAGGCCGAAAUGAAGCAACUAGCAGCUCAAGCUCUAUCGCUAUCUCCACAAAUUUUGGUCGAAAAAUCCCUAAAGGGCUGGAAAGAAGUGGAAUACGAAGUGGUCCGUGACAGAGUUGGUAACUGUAUCACGGUCUGCAACAUGGAAAACUUCGACCCAUUGGGAGUGCACACCGGUGAUUCUAUUGUGUUUGCACCCUCUCAAACCCUAUCCGAUGAAGAGUUCCAUAUGUUGAGAACUGCUGCCAUCAAGAUCAUCAGACACCUGGGUGUUAUCGGUGAGUGUAACGUUCAGUACGCUUUGCAACCAGAUGGUUUGGACUACAGAGUUAUCGAGGUCAACGCCCGUCUAUCGCGUUCGUCUGCUUUGGCUUCUAAGGCUACAGGCUACCCUCUAGCCUACACUGCUGCUAAGAUCGCCUUAGGAUACACUUUGCCAGAACUACCAAAUCCUGUCACCAAGACCACUGUGGCCAACUUCGAGCCAUCUUUGGACUACAUCGUGGCUAAGAUUCCUCGUUGGGAUUUGGCCAAGUUCCAGCACGUCAACCGUAAUGUGGGUUCUGCCAUGAAGUCCGUGGGUGAAGUGAUGGCUAUCGGGAGAAACUUUGAAGAGGCUUUCCAAAAAGCCAUCAGACAAAUCGACCCUUCGUUCUUGGGUUUCCAGGGUUCUGACGAAUUCGGUGACGACCUAGAUGAAGUUCUUGCCAACCCAACUGAUAGAAGAUGGUUGGCCAUUGGACAAGCUUUGAUCUACGAGGGCUACUCUGUUGAGAAAGUUCACGAAUUGUCUAAGGUUGAUGCUUGGUUCUUGCACAAAUGCAUGAACAUGGUAGAAAUGUACAAAGAGUUGGAUGCUGUUAAUUCAUUAGAGGCCUUGGACAAGGACCUGUUGACCAGAGCUAAGAAGAUGGGUUUCUCCGACAAGCAGAUUGCCAUUUCGAUCAACAAAAACAACGGAAGUAAUGUCCAUGAGCUCGAUGUCAGAAAGCACAGAAAGUCUUUCGGUAUCACCCCAUUCGUGAAGAAGAUUGACACUUUGGCUGCAGAAUUCCCUGCCAACACCAACUAUCUAUACACCACUUACAACGCCACCAAGAACGACGUUGAAUUCAACGACAAGGGUAUGUUGGUUUUGGGGUCCGGUGUUUACCGUAUUGGCUCCUCCGUCGAAUUCGACUGGUGUGCUGUCAACACAGCCAGAGCCUUAAGAGAGUCUGGUAAGAAGACAGUGAUGAUCAACUACAACCCAGAAACUGUGUCUACCGAUUUCGAUGAAGUAGACAGACUAUACUUCGAAGAACUAUCCUUUGAAAGAGUCAUGGAUAUCUAUGACUUGGAGAACUCUGAGGGCUGUAUCAUUUCUGUUGGUGGACAACUGCCUCAAAACAUUGCUUUGAAGCUACAAGACAACGGCGCCAAGAUUUUGGGUACCGACCCUGUCGAUAUCGACAGAGCUGAGAACAGACACAAAUUUUCUUCGAUUCUUGACAGCAUCGGUGUCGAUCAGCCAGAAUGGAGCGAACUGUCUUCCGUCGUCGAAGCUGAAGAAUUCUCCAACCGUGUUGGAUACCCAGUUUUGAUUCGUCCUUCCUACGUUUUGUCUGGUGCCGCUAUGAGUGUUGUGAAUUCCGAAGAUGAACUACUAACGAAAUUGACCAACGCCUCUGACGUUUCUCCAGACCAUCCCGUGGUGAUUUCCAAGUUCAUUGAAGGUGCACAAGAGAUUGAUGUCGACGCUGUGGCUUACAAGGGUGAAGUCUUGGUGCACGCUAUCUCAGAGCAUGUCGAGAACGCUGGUGUGCAUUCCGGUGACGCCACUUUGAUCUUGCCACCUCAAUCUUUGAGCCAGGAAAUUAAGGACAGACUCUACGACAUUGCCAAGAAGGUUGCUAAGGCCUGGAAGAUUACAGGUCCUUACAACAUGCAAAUUAUCAAGGAUGACAGAAACGAAGGUACAACUCUAAAGGUUAUUGAAUGUAACAUCAGAGCCUCUAGAUCGUUCCCAUUCGUGUCUAAGGUGCUGGGUUGCAACUUCAUCGACGCAGCUGUCAAGGCUUUCAUUGGAGAAGAUGUACCCAAGCCAGUGAACCUAAUGGACGAAAAGUACCCAUAUGUCGCUACCAAGGUGCCACAAUUCUCUUUCACACGUUUGGCCGGUGCAGACCCAUUCUUGGGCGUUGAAAUGGCCUCGACUGGUGAAGUUGCCUCUUUUGGUAAAGACGCGUUGGAGAGUUACUGGACCGCCAUGCAGAGUACCAUGAACUUCCAUGUUCCUCUGCCACCUAGCGGUGUGUUGUUUGGUGGUGACUUGAGCAAGAACCAGCUAGGAGAAGUGGCUGCCGUCGUGGCGGGUUUGGGCUUCAAGAUCUACGUUACCAACGAGGCUACCAAGGAGUACUUGCAAAAAUUCGUUCACAGUGGCUGCGACGUGAUGAUUAUCGAGUUCCCAAAGAACGACAAGCGUAAGUUGCGUGAGCUAUUCCAGCUGUACGACAUCAAGGCUGUGUUCAACUUGGCUGCCAAGAGAGCCGAGUCUUUGGAGGAUGUUGACUACGUGAUGAGAAGAAAUGCCAUUGACUUCGCACUUCCUCUAUUCAACGAGCCCCAGACCGCUUUGCUGUUCGCCAAAGCCCUCGCCCAAAAGGUUGGCGAGAAACUCAAGGUGCUCGAGUCCUCCGAUGUGCUUGUGCCUCCUGAAGUGCAAACGUGGCACGAAUGGAUCGGCCAGAGACCCAUGUAA